CAUCUGUGUAAAGAGCAAUAGAUCAAACAUCAGGAAACACCACUGUAAGAAAAGAUAAGGAGGUUUGCCACUUAAGGUCUUUAUAUAGAAUUACCAAAACUGACAUCUUUCAAGAGAAGUGUUUUUAAGAAAGUCAAAAGUGGGUGUUUAUGUAAGAAAGAGACAGAGACUCAGAAAAGAGAAGUGGCACAGGAAACCAAGAGGCUUGUGGUGAAUAGUUCUGCCUCGGUUUAAAGUGAUCGCAGUGAGAUGUUCAGUUCUGUGAUGAGAGGAAGACUUUGAACCUUCAAGAAACACACCAGUGUAUGACAGAAGUAUUUUCAGUGUGAUGCCUGUUAAAUUGCAGUCAAGUUAAAAGCCUUUUAUUUUUAUCUAUCAGAAACACUUUUGAGAAGUGGUGUUUACAACUAACAGGAGUCCCUAAACAUGGGAAACAGUGGAGAAGAGGGGAAACUGCAUCGGAAACUGUCCCGCAUAGGGAGCAGGGGGCAGAGAGAACCACCAAGACCUCCACCUCAAGCAGAAAGACCCCCACCAGCUGCCAAUUAUAAUGCCCCACCCAGACAACCUGAACCUGCUCCAAAACCUCCAGAGGCCAGCGCUAAGCCUUCAGUUCCUACUGCAAAACCACAAGUAGUUCCACCAAAACCCAGCGUUCCUCCCAAACCGCAAAUACAGAUGUUUAGCAGUGGAGAACAUGGAAAUGCCAUGCUUAAGGGCUUGAAUGAUUUUCGCAGUGAUACAACAUUGUGUGAUGUCACUCUGGUGCCAGGUGAUAGUUCUGAAACUUUUCCAGUUCAUAGGGUGAUCAUGGCCUCAGCCAGUGACUACUUCAAAGCCAUGUUCACAGUAGGAAUGAAGGAGCAGAAGCUGGAGGAAAUUAAAUUACAUGGAGUAAGCAGCACAGGCCUUAAAAACAUUAUUGAGUUCAUAUACACGUCUAAUUUAAGUCUGAGCUUAAGCACCCUCCAGGACACUCUUGAGGCUGCUAGUUUUCUCCAGGUACUUCCAGUCCUCAACUUUUGUAAUCAGCUACUGAGCAGUGAGGUUACCAUAGAAAACUGUGUGGAAGUGGAGCGCAUUGCUAAUGAUCUUCUCCUGGAGGAUGUCCAGACCCACAUUCAUAACUUUGUCUGUCAAAACCUCUCUGCUUUGGUGCAGAAUGGUUGUUUCCUGCAACUUUCUAAGGACAGCUUGGCAUAUGCCUUGUCUAGUAAUUCACUGACUGGCUUCUCAGAGAUGGAGCUUUAUCGGGCUGCCCGAGCUUGGCUGGCACACAAACCCGAACAUCGACCUGCAGCCUACUCCUUGAUGCGCCACAUUCGCUUUCCUCUGAUGAGCCCUGCAGAACUCCUACAGAUAUCGCAGGAAGACCAGGUCAGUGAAGCAAAUAAUAAGGAAAAUGAAGGCAUGGAGCCAUUUAUGCGUACCGACACGGCCUGUGUGAACCUUCUCUUGGAGGCCAGCAACUACCAGAUGCUGCCAUUUCUCCAGCCAGGACUCCAGACCGAGAGGACUCGCAUUCGUUCAGACACCACCUACCUGCUGGCUCUGGGAGGUGUGAUGAGGCAGCAGCUGGUGGUGAGCAGAGAACUGAGGUUGUAUGAUGAGGACGGAGGGAAAACUUGGAGGGCCCUUCAGCCAAUGGAGGUGCCUCGUUACCAACAUGGUGUGGCCCUUCUAGGAGGUUUUCUUUACAUUGUUGGAGGACAAAGCACUUAUGAUACAAAGGGUAAGACAGCGGUGGACAGUGCAUAUAGAUAUGACCCUCGCUUUGACCGCUGGCUGCAGGUGGCCUCUCUAAAUGAAAAGCGAACAUUCUUUCAUCUGAGCGCUCUGAAGGAAAAGCUGUACGCUGCUGGGGGAAGAAAUGCCACUGGUGAGAUUGACACAGUGGAGUGUUACAACCUUAAAAAGAAUGAGUGGACCUUUGUUGCACCUAUGAGUGAGCCUCAUUACGGUCAUGCUGGUACAGUACAUGGAGGACUAAUGUAUGUGUCAGGUGGGAUAACGAGAGAUGCUUUCCAAAAGGAGUUGUCCUGUUACGAUCCAGACACAGACUCCUGGAGUCGUCGAGCAGACAUGAUGGAACUGCGAGGUCUUCACUGCAUGUGUACUGUUGAAGACCGUCUCUACGUUAUGGGUGGAAACCACUUCCGUGGCGCCAACGAUUAUGAUGAUGUGCUGAGUUGUGAAUAUUACAGCCCUGCAACCGACCAGUGGACAGUGGUGUCUCCAAUGCCCAAGGGUCAGAGUGACGUGGGAGUGGCUGUAUUUAAGGGCAAAAUUUAUGUGGUUGGUGGCUACUCAUGGAACAGUCGCUGUAUGGUGGACAUUGUGCAGUGUUACGAUCCUGAAAAGGAUGAGUGGGAGAUGGUUUUCAAAGUGCUUGAGCCUCUAGGAGGCAUACGGGCCUGCAGCUUGACUGUCCAUCGUCCAAGUGGUUCUGUAGAUGAGGCACAGGAAUACCCUCUCCAAACAGAUAAGAACUGAGGCUCUGAGAACAGAUCCUAUAAGAUACUGUAUUCCCAGGACUGGCAAUAUGCCUUGAAUGUGCCUUAAGUGAGAUAAAUAAAAUAUUUAAAAUAUAAUUUUUAUAACAAGAUCCAUGAAAUGCAGUUAAUUCAACAUGUAUUGCAUUUGUUGUUAGUUUUUUUAGUUUGUUGUUUCUUUUGUGUUUUUUUUAAAUAUUAUUGUUAUUAUUAUUAU